AUGGCCGCAUCUGCCCUGUCCGUCUGCUCCAGCAACCUGAGCUAUGGCAACCCCGCCUGCCUGCCCGGCUCCAGUGACUCUUGCACCGACUCCUCCUGGCAGGUGGACGACUGUCCAGAGAGCUGCUGUGAGCCCUCCUGCUGCGCCCCCAGCUGCUGCCAGCCGACCUGCUGUGUCCCCAGCUGCUGCCAGCCCACCUGCUGUGUCCCCAGCUGCUGCCAGCCCACCUGCUGUGUCCCCAGCUGCUGCCAGCCCACCUGCUGUGUCCCCAGCUGCGGCCAGUCCUCCUGCUGUGUCCCCAGCUGCUGCCAGUCCUCCUGCUGUGUCCCCAGCUGCUGCCAGUCCUCCUGCUGUGUCCCCAGCUGCUGCCAGUCCUCCUGCUGUGUCCCCAGCUGCUGCCAGUCCACCUGCUCCUGCACCAGCUCCUGCACACCCUCAUGCUGCCAGCAGUCUAGCUGCCAGCCCUCCUGUUGCACUUCCUCCUCCUGCCAGCAGGCCUGCUGCACACCCCUCUGCUGCACACCCGUCUGCUGCACACCCAUGUGCUGUGUGCCUGUCUGCUCUGGGGCCUCCUCGUGCUGCCAGCCCACCCCCUGCACCUCAUCCUGCUGCAGACCCUCCUCCUGUGUGUCCCUCAUCUGCCGCCCCGUGUGCAGGCCUGCCUGCUGCGUGUCCACCUCCUCCUGCUGUGGCCCCACGUCCUCCUGCUGUGGCCCCACCUCCUCCUGCCAGCCCAGCUGCUGCCGCCCAUCCUCCUGCAUGUCCCUGCUCUGCAGACCCCUGUGCUCCCGCCCGGCCUGCUGCGUCCCUGCCUCGGCCCAGAAGUCCUGCUGCUGA